AUGGCCCAGGCCACCCGUUUCAAGAUUGGGGAGCGAAACCACUUCACCAGCUGGAAAUGCGCAAGGCACCAGUCCAAGGGGCAGAAGGGCCCUGACCUGGGAGUCCAGUGUGUCGGUGUGUGGUUGGGCAGGAGCCAGCUAGCUUUGGCUCUGCAUCUCCUGCCCUGUCGCCACCACUACAUGGUACAUCUCCUGCAAGCCCUCAGCGUGGAGCAGCCCGCCCGUGAAGCAGCCCGCCGCAAUGCAACCCAAAUCCGACGUCCGUCUUUCCCCAUCUCCAGUCCGACAGCGAACGAGCGCCUCUGCAUCUAG